UCAUUUAUAACAGCCGCGUAACCUCCCAUGAUCGUCCCGCGAUCAUUGAUCAUUUUGACAAACGGGCUGGCCCUGGCAGAACAGACGGCCGAGACGAAGAGAUGACCAAGUGCAGCGUCCUGGGCUGCGCCAACGACUGGAAGAAGACCUCGGGCAUCAGUUUCCACAAGUUCCCAAAGAAAAAGGAGCUGAGGAAGAUCUGGCUUCGCAGGCUGAGGCUGCCCAAAAAUUUCUUCCCAUCUCAGUCGUCUGUCAUCUGCUCCGACCACUUCGAAGAGAAGGACAUUGAAUCGACGAUGACGAGGAUCUGCCUUGUACCGGACGCAGUGCCGAUCGACUGCAAGGAUGACCGAGAAUCAGAAAACUCAUUAAAUUCGACUAGCUCGGAAGGUGAGGAUAUUAUAAAAGAGCUCGCCCAUUCGAAAGAGAAAGGGGCCAAGAUCAACGAGGCGAACCCAACCUGCAUAUUUGUUGGGAACCAGAAAGACCAGCCGGCUGAACAGAAUAGCACCAAGAACUCGUCCUACCUCCUCGUUACUGUACCAUGCGGGAAGAGCCUCAAGGAUGAGACACCGCUCAAGAGGAAGCUCCGGCUCGAGAUCAUAUACAACAGGGAGAUUGUACAGAUCAAGAGCAGGAUAAUAAAGAACCUUUACAAGCAGAACACUAAAUUGCGGGAACGCAUCGCCAAGAUCAAGUGCAUACUCAAAGAAAUCGAGAAGAAACAGUUCAACGACGGCGGCAUAUGUUUUGCUGAGUGAAUGAAAAUUUUAGCAUUAAUUUUUAUAUUAUUGGUGGGGAAAAAAACCACUGUGACUUGUUCCUUUGUGAAAUAAAAUUGGUUCAUUAACUCAUAAAA